AUGGGCGAGCCCGCGGCCGUGCCGUCGCCGGACGCCGGCGAGGCCUACGCCGGGAUGGUGGACCGCAUGGACGCUCUGGAGCAGAGAGUCAUGUCCAUGGAGAUGGAAGGGGGAGGCGCGGAAGAGGGGAAAGAAGCCCGAGAACCUGUUGCCCCUCCCUCUGUUCCAGCGGGAUAGAGAGAAAAUGGUGCUUCACUCCUUCGAGUCCGGUGGGGUGGAUAGGAGCCUCCUUUUCAUUUUAGCAAACUUGUUGUUGUACGUAGGUAUCAACGUGUACACGAGAGCACGCGUGUGUGCGAAGUGUACGUGCCAUGCUCGUGUUUUUUUUUUUCUUUCCGCAGACGCCCUUGGGGGUCGCGAGGUGUUGGCAAGUCCAUAGCUAGGGGUGGCGUGGAAGCGGUAGGUCGUGUGCUUGAUUGGAGGGAACGGAGCGCUGUAGAGCCGGCGGGCCACACGUUGGGGAGGGAGCAGAUAAGUACUGCCGGGUCAUUUUUUGACUCAUCAUGGAAACAUGCCAACCCCGUCAGCAGAGUAUUUCGAGGCAGCUGACGACUGAUCCAUUUCAUGGUCUGCAAGGCUAGCCUGCCCCCUUCUCUGCCCCUUUCUUUGUCCCUGUCUUUGCCCACCGCCCUGUUGCGGGCUGCUCGUAUGGCCUACAGUUCCAACGAUUGUCCCGCCGAUUUUAGUUGACCGGCCAUAACUUCAUCAAUAUUAACUUUUUUCAUUUUUUUUUUUUUUAGUGUUGAUCUCCGUCGCAAAUGCCACAAGAGUUGUUCGGGGACCAAAUCGAUUUGAGACGUUCCUGAGAAUUCGUGGUUUUCGUAUAGGUUUUUCCAGGCGUUUUUUGGGAGGAGGGGAUGAAACGUUUCGGCCAGUAUCUCGCCAAACGCUGUCAUAAUCAUGUCGUUUUUUUUUUGUUCUUGAUUGCUAACGGCGGGGUUUGACCAGACGAACACGAUGGCGCCCUAAAAAAAUAAAUACAAAGACUUUA